AUGCGGGCUUUCAUUCUUGCUCUCUGGGCAAUCCAGUGCUGUCGAGUCUUUGGCGACUUGUAUCCUGCAGAGAACCCAUGGAUUGUCGCCCCUACAGCUAUCUCAGAGUCCGCGUUGGCACCGGAGCCUACCGAGCCACCCAUCCUCCCCCAGAGACGGGCUUACGGCGAAUUAUUCAUGAGGGAUGCAACCACCGAGUCAGACUCGACAUCAACAACUGAAAGCACGACAUCAGAAACAUCAACCUCGGAAACAACCUCAGAAACAUCAUCCACCUCUACUUCGUCCACAUCAACUUCGUCCACGACCACAUCCAGCUCAACCAGCUCGACCACGUCAAUAUCGACAUCAACAACAUCAUCCUCUACAUCCUCGACCACCUCGUCGACUUCAACUUCAUCAGCCACAACCUCAUCAUCCACCUCAAGCACCUCAACCACAAGUACCAGCUCAACAACAUCAAGCACCGCAACCUCAACCAGCACUGAAAGCGCCGAAUUGAAAGAGUGGAACCGACGUGGCAACAUCGCAGCCAUCGUAUUCGGAUGUUGCAUGAUCUCACUAUUCUCCGGCAUAAGCAUAGUCUACUGUGUGCGCGAAAAAGCCAAAAGACGACGCAUCGCAGCGCGGGAGCUUUUGAGAUCCGGAGCCUCAAUCCCGAUGGAUACUCCACCUGGAACAUCCAAGGGAAGCUUGACUGCUGAACCCAAGCUGGACCGUUCAUCUAUGAUGUUCACCAACCAUCCUUCAACGGAAUACUUCCCGACAGCUCAGAGUGAGCCAUUGGUGUCGAAUUAUCACAGCCAUACUCCGUCGGCGGAUUCGCAGAAUUUGACAGAACAGAGCUCAACGCGAGCAUACAGCAGGAGGGCGGAUGCAGAUGAGCACACGAUGGGGAUGGUAUAG